AUGGCUCUGGAUCCUUUGCACCGCUUGGGCGCGCUGCGUCAGGGUGCCGCCAAGCGUGCCCAGGAUGCGCAGUCGGAUGUGGAUACUGACGACAAUGUGGGCUCUGGCGACGCCAACGCACCGGCCAAACGAAGCAAGCUCAUGACGGUCCAGAGCACAGCCACCACUCCAUCCACCCCUACGAACGGCCCACCCUCAAUACCAAGCGUACCUGCGCCGCACAUGCCCGAUGAUCCCUACGGCAAGCUGCCUUCCAACCCUGCUCGAACUGCCAGGUCAACGUCCAUGAUGCCCGGACACGCUUACAUGCGCACUUCUUCCGUGCCGACGACUGCUGCGGCCGUUCUCUCUGCGCCAACUGCGGCGCCGCCUGCCCCAACGGCGCCUGUGGCGCACCAUGGACCCGAGUCAGAAACCACCCCACACCCAGUUGCCGAGGGUGCUCGUGAAGAAGUUGCAAAGCCUGCAGUUCCUACUCAACCUGCCGCUGAGGCGAGCCAGUCAGAGCCGGUCAACACCGACAAAGCAAUGCCAGAGAGCUCGGCUCAAGUUGGUGUUGGCGCGAGUACCACCGAUUCGCAACCGUCAGUCAAGGACGAGGCGAUUGUUGAGAGCCCUGCAAAAGCAGAAGUCUCGGCAGAUGUUGUUCCGUCUGGCGACACUCAAGCAACCACGACCACGGCUUUGGACGCAACAGACUCGAGCAAACCAGCCGCGCCAGAGGGUCCGGUCGCUAGCACAAACCCUCUUCAGACCUCGCCAACUCCUUCAGCCACCGCGAACACGGAUGGCAAGGCCGCAUCUUCGCCAACAGCUACCAAGGCCGCAUCUUCGCCAACAGCUACCAAGGCCGCAUCUCCAAAAGAUGACGAGACUGCAGCCCCACAGACACUGUCUGAUGGGCCCAGUGGUGUCAAUGCCAAUCCAAGCGCACCACAGGAACUGGCUGCACCAAGUGAAGUCAAAUCGGAACCUAUUGCUGGGGUGUCGGAGACAAUCGCAAGCGAGGCAACAGCAAAACAGUCGUCCCUCGAGCCGAAUGACUCAGACUCGGUCCAACAAUCGUCCCUGGAGGUGAAAGACGCAGACCAGGUCACAUCUGCUGCAGCAAGCCCCAUUGCGUCAGAACCGAUCCAGCCAACGGGGCGUGCCGAUGCCCUUGGUGCCCUGGGUGAGGCUGUAGAGAAGUUCAUAUACACACUUGCCGGCCAUAGCCUCGGCCUCAGUCAAAAUGCUAGUCGUUGCCAAGUAUCGGAAUACGACAUUCUUAUGGCCCUCCGCUUUCUGCACAACGCCGACCUGUCUCCAGAGGCCCUCUUUGCUUAUCUGCAGCGCUUUCAAGCCUGUGCCAAGUCUGAAGAGGCGGCACCCAUCAUGACCGCCGCAGCGGAUGAAGUGGAGCUACCAUUGCCUGUCCCACAGACAAUCCCUAAAGUCCUUAAUGAUGAGUCUCUCCGGGUACCCAAGCCAGCACAUCUGCCCGAUUUCCUACCCGAUUUUCCUGAACCGCACACCUUUGCCCGUACUAGCCUGUAUCAACCUGCUGAGCAGUCGUACAUUCGCUACCGCAUGCGUCGGGCCGCAGGUGUCCACCAUGCACAAGCCAGCCUUGUCCGGACCUUACUGUUGCCCAGCAAGGAGACAUUGAUCGAGCUCAAAGCCUCGACGCGACUUCGCGCAACAGGGACCAAGUCUUUUACUGCUCACUUGGGCUGUGCCAACGCCCUUCGACCCUACGCAGCCAUUCUUGUCAACGAGAAUGUGUCUCUUGACGUUGAGGAAGAGGAGGGCCAAGACAAUGAAUUCACCCUGAGUAACAUUUUGAAUUUCGAGGAUGAUCGCGAAGCAGAUGCAGCGCACCGCGCGCGAUUGGAGGUCGAGGUCGACUAUCCCAACGAGGACGACCUUAUUCUCAGCUAA